AUGAAUAACAGCGAUUACAACAAAAGUUUGACCAUCAUGAUCGAUUUCCUUAGGGAAAUCGGUGAUAUACUUGAAGCAAUCCAAUCUCGACUAGAAGAGAGUUUCUGCAUCGACGAAAAUAUCGUAUUAUACAUAGCGAAUCACCCCGACGACGUAGAUGUUCAAACACUGCAUAACAUCUUUGAGAAAGCAAAAACAGAAGAUCAGUCCAUACAGGACAACAUCUCCUUCAUGUUGGGAACAAUCCACAAAAGAAUUGGCAAGUACAAACGUGGCAUGAAAGACACACCCUCCGACUGA